GCAAUGAGUGACGUCACCUCGCUCGCUCAGUCCAGACUCCAGGCACAAGGUCGUAUUAGCAACAGCUAGCCACAACCAUGAUGUCCCUUGCCGCUCGAUCGGGGGCAUUUUCCCCCUACAUGCAGGCUACAGCUUUUACAGUGGCCGGCCCACUGAAAGCCCUGAUACCCGGCAUUGUCGUAAAAGGGGAGAAGUUCUUGGUCGAUCCGAAAAAACCCUUCCUCUGCCGCGAAACCCUGAGCGGUCAAAGCCCGAAGACAGGGCCUGCUGUCACCGUUAGCAUCAACGCCCGCGCAGGAGUCAGGUUUGCCCACACAGACAUCAAGGUGCCAGACUUCUCUGACUACAGGCGUCCUGAGGUGCAGGACCCCCACAAGUCCUCCCAGGAGAGCAGUGAAGCCAGAAGAGCCUUCUCCUACCUGGUCACCGGUGCGACAACCGUUGUGGGGGUCUACGCUGCCAAAACCGUGGUCACUCAGUUUGUUUCCUCCAUGAGCGCCUCAGCUGACGUUCUGGCCCUGUCCAAGAUUGAAAUCAAGCUGAGCGACAUCCCUGAAGGCAAGAACAUGACCUUCAAGUGGAGAGGCAAACCACUAUUUGUCCGUCAUCGUACAGAAAAGGAGAUCGCCACUGAAGCUGGUGUUAACCUCUCUGAGCUUCGCGACCCUCAGCAUGACAAGGACCGGGUGGUCAACCCCAGCUGGGUCAUCGUCCUCGGAGUGUGCACCCAUCUGGGUUGUGUGCCCAUUGCCAAUGCCGGCGACUUCGGAGGCUACUACUGCCCUUGCCACGGCUCCCACUACGACGCCUCUGGCCGCAUCAGGAAAGGCCCAGCGCCCCUCAACCUGGAGGUUCCCUACUACGAGUUCCCUGAUGAUGAGACCGUGAUUGUAGGAUAAACAACAUCCAUCGGACUGAGCUCUCAUUCUAAAACAGUGGCUUUGACUCUUCAAAAGCAUGGCAGUGCUGAGAUCUUCCGAUGUCUGUGUUAUAAAUGUGUACUUGGUGCAGUCUUUGCAAUCACAGGGCAGUUUUUGCUGUAUUGGCACAGUCAGCAUUUGAGGAAUACUUUGGCUAUUAAAGGUUUUGAUGUACUAAUGAUGCAUUCAUGUCAUAUUGGAUUCACCAUAACUAAAAGCUGUUAACUGGGACGAAAAAAUUGCUCACAUCAGUGGUAAUUACAAGUAGGAAAAGUAUAUGUAUUAACGUAGACUCCAGUAUGCGCCACUUGGUGUGACCAGUUGCAACAAACAUAGCAGCAAAUUCACAUUGGCAGUCCACAUUAAUAAAAAUGAAAAUUUCAGUGCUCUUGACACAAACCCAAUCAAAUCUACUCAUACACUGCAGUUCCUUUAUGUUUGAUUUUUAAGCCCAAAAAUUCAAGUUAUUUUGAAUGCAGGUAUUCAAAUUAAGCAUGUGAACGAGUUGUAGCAAUCCCACUGUUUUUACUUCUUCCCAUAUGACAUGAACAUGGCAAACAAAGCACCUGAUUAGCUGACAGAUAUGGUUCAUCUAAUUAGCAGACAUCUCAUCUUCGGGCCUGGUCAAUAAAUAAUUGUAAGUAAUAAAUGUAUAUUUUAUCUGAUAGAUGGCCUCAACUUUGUGUUUAUUUUCUUCAUCAUGUGAUAAAUAGGUUUUUAAGCUCAUUACCAAAUGAAAUACUAGUUGUGGCUUCACUGAUUACCUGUUGACCAUCUUUAUGGAGCACAGAGGCUGCUGAGGUGGGGGAAACCAAUAUUUUACUGUCCAAGUACCGCAGAUGUGUGGAGCUAGACUGCUUGAGGGGGAGGUCUGCAAGGUAAUAUUCAUGUGUUUGAUGACUUAACUGUGUUUAUUUGAAGUCUGGUUGCUAUGCAGCAGGCUAGAUAGUGUCCACAUUUCUAGAGCUUAAGAGGAUCUGGUUGAGCUGCAAGAGCCAAAGUUAAUAUCUACCGAAAGAAUUCAGCUUAAAGAAUUUAAGGAGUGUGGGGUCGAUCUUUCAGUACGUCUUUGUUAAUACAUUCAGGCUGGUGAUUGGCUGCGGUGCAUUGAUCAGUGUAACAGCUUCUGUCUAAGAACAGUAAGUCUGCAGUGGGACCUGACAGAUGGUGAAAUAUUGGAGAAAGGAUUGUUCACAUAAAAAAUCUGAGUAGUUCAGCAUAAGUUAUUUUCUACUCCUGAGCUGUCCGUUGACAAAUAUCUGUGUACAAAAUAAGUGUAUACUUAAGGAAAUAAAGGUUUCACAAACAAAC